AUGAAUGAUUCGGAGAUCGUCGAUCACUCACCACAACAACCUUCCGCUGCAGCUCUUAUUCCGACCGCAGAUAAUGUAAUCCUCAUUGACAACUAUGACUCAUUCACUUGGAAUGUUUACCAGUACCUCGUUCUCGAAGGAGCCAAGGUCUCCGUCUAUCGCAAUGACGAAAUCUCCCUCGAGGAUCUGAUUGCUAAGAAACCGACUCAAUUAGUGAUCAGUCCUGGUCCCGGUCAUCCUGUUUCCGAUUCAGGAAUCAGCAAAGAUGCCAUCGAACACUUUAGCGGGCGGAUACCGAUCCUCGGUGUGUGCAUGGGCGAGCAAUGUAUUUACUCUGUGUUUGGCGGCACAGUGAACAAGACUGGCGAGAUCCUGCACGGAAAGACUUCGCUCCUGAAGCAUGACGGCAAGGGCGUCUACGCAGGCGUUUCUCAGGAUGUCCCGGUCACUAGGUACCAUUCACUUGCUGGUACGCAUCCGACUUUGCCAGAGUGCCUCGAGGUCUCUUCAUGGGUGGCUGCUGGAAAUGACAGCACCAAGACAGUGAUCAUGGGAGUUCGACAUAAAGAAUUCCUUGUCGAAGGUGUUCAAUUUCAUCCCGAGAGCAUCCUUACUGCGGAAGGACGAACGAUGUUCAGGAACUUCCUGACUCUACAAGGCGGUACCUGGUCCGAAAACGAAUCGAUCCGAAAGCAAGGAGGCACUGUCAAUGUCGCCAAGCCAGUCGCAUCCGCCCAGCCGACCACGUCCAAUGAUAAGAAAUCUUCUAUAUUGGAGCAGAUUUACGAGCACCGAAAGAUGUUAGUGGCAGCUCAGAAGGAAGUUCCUUCUCAACGACCUGGAGAUCUCCAAGCUGCGUACGAUCUUGGGCUAUCGCCAUCGCUCAUCGAUUUCCCUCAGAGGCUGAGAAAAUCUCCAUUCAAACUUUCAUUGAUGGCAGAAAUCAAGCGGGCAUCACCAUCAAAGGGAGUCAUUUCGUUGUCCGCAUGCGCACCAGCUCAGGCUCGUACAUACGCGCUAGCUGGUGCCAGCGUGAUCUCCGUCUUGACUGAGCCCAAAUGGUUCAAGGGUAGCAUCGAAGACCUCAGGAGCGUUCGGCAAAUGCUUGAAGGCAUGCCAAACCGGCCAGCAGUAUUGCGAAAGGAGUUCAUAUUCGACGAGUAUCAGAUCCUUGAGGCGCGCCUAUCUGGUGCUGAUACCGUCCUGCUUAUUGUCAAGAUGCUGGAUACUCCAUUGCUCACUAGACUGUACAACUACUCACAAUCAUUGGGGAUGGAGCCGCUCGUGGAAGUCAAUACGGCCGAUGAAAUGAAGAUUGCUGUGGAACUCGGCUCCAAAGUCAUCGGUGUCAACAAUCGUAACUUGACCAGCUUCGAAGUGGAUAUGGAUACAACGACAAGGCUAAUGGAGAUGAUCUCGAAAGAGACCAUUCUCUGCGCUUUGAGUGGAAUUUCUGGUCCUCAGGAUGUGGCUCCAUAUCAAAAGAGUGGAGUUGGUGCAGUCCUCGUGGGAGAAGCCUUGAUGCGCGCAAAGGAUACUGCACAGUUCAUCGAAGAGCUUCUGACUGGUGAUGUCGAGGCGGCUCAGGUUGUCCAGCCACGACAAUUGCUCGUGAAAAUCUGCGGCACGAGGAGUAGCGCCGCUGCAAAGGCAGCAAUCGAAUCAGGGGCCGAUCUCAUUGGUAUGAUACUUGUGGAAGGGCGUAAACGGACAGUCAACACAGAGACCGCGCUGCAGAUUUCACAAGCAGUGCACACCACAACUAAAGGUGGCACAAACACGUUGUCCAGCGUUUCAUUUCCAACCGGAAAGGCUUUAAGCUUCUUCUCACAUGCAGCCCAACAUUUCAUUCAGCAUCCUGAACGCGCACUACUUGUCGGUGUGUUUAUGGAUCAGCCUCUGGAGUACAUCCUGGAACAACAGAAGCUUUUGAAACUCGACAUCGUGCAAUUGCAUGGCUCUGAGCCACUCGAGUGGGCUAAACUAAUCCCCGUGCCUGUCAUUCAUUCCUUCAAACCUGGAGCUGCAGGUCUGGCAACAACAGGCUUCCACGCUAUCCCUUUGCUCGAUUCUGGCGCUGGAAGCGGCACACAGCUCAACAUUUCGAGUGUCAAGGAUGUCCUCGCUGCUGACGAGGGUCUUCGUGUGCUAUUUGCAGGCGGCUUGAAUCCGGAAAAUGUUAUUAAUACAGUCGAAGCACUUGGUGAGGCGAAGGUCCGAGUAGUGGGCGUGGACGUGAGCAGUGGGGUUGAAUCAGAGGGAGAACAAAGUCUUGACAAGAUUCGAGACUUCGUUAAAUCUGCGAAAAGCAUUAAGUUGUAG